GUUUGUACGGCAAGGCUGACUCGAGACGUCAUCACAAUGCACUCCAGGGCAGAGAAGGUCCCUUGCUCGUUAGUCUGGGGACCAGACCCAUGUGAGUUUGCUACUACCGGACAGAAUCUGUGACCUCAACUUGGAGAGAUUUGUCAGAGGCUCCCUGUCUCCAUGGAGGACCUGCAUCCUGAAGAGACCGUGGAACAGCAAGAUUCGCCCAAGGAGACGAGUCCCAGCGGCUCAGGAGGCAACCUCUGCCACCUAGGGGCCCCGGAGUGCACCCACUGCCUCAUCACCUUCGCCGAUUCCAAGUUCCAGGAGCGUCACAUGAAGCGGGAGCACCCGGCAGACUUUGUGGCCCAGAAGCUGCAAGGGGCCCUCUUCAUCUGCUUCACCUGCGGCCGCUCCUACCCCUCCUCCAAGGCCCUGAUCGCCCACCAGCGCAGCCACGGCCCAGGCGCCAGGCCCUGUCCGCCGGAUGCACCCCCCACUGCCCAGGCUCCCUUCCCUUGUCCUGACUGUGGCAAGGCCUUCGGGCAUGUGGCCUCUCUGAAGCGGCACCGCCAGGUGCACAAGGCCUGUGCCCCCGCUGGCCCGUUUGCCUGCACCGAGUGUGGGCAGGACUUCGCUCAGGAGGCAGGGCUCCAUCAGCACUACAUCCGGCAUGCUCGGGGAGAGCUCUGAGUGUAACUGAAGCCCUCGCCGCAGUGAUGGGGGUUCUGAGGGCUGCGGGACCCACACGUGACAGGAGGCACAGGCCUUCUGGGGGCCCUCGCGGGAUUCACUUCCCUCCCUGGGAAGGGAAAGAGCCCUCAAUAGACAGGACCCAGAAGGUUCUCAUUUAGAGCUUCAGUCUUUGGAGGACACAGGGCCUUUAGAGAUACAGUGAAAUCAAAUAAUUGCAAGCUCUUUUUUUUUUAGAAAAGAAGCCAGAAAGAGAACAAGAGGGAAAAUUUUUUGUUUCCUUCAUUCCCAGUUAAAUAACCAGCUGCAGAUUAUAUAAUCACCUGCAGUUUUUCCCAGACGGAUGCCAUGGGCUACACAGGAGCAAACCGCCCUGGAUCUGUGCCUGAGCAGGGCGCAGGGAGGGCAGGUGCUGCUGGCUGAGUUCCAGACCUGAGCCCAUGGGAUGGGACAGCAAGACGGAGCGCUGGAUGGACCCUGAGUCACAUAGGGUUUGCCGCUUGGAUCCUUGUCUUCCUCCCACUCCCUGCCAGCCUUCCCUACUCAACAAUGUUUUCUACCCAUGUAGAGGAGAUGACAUAAGCAAGCUAAAAACAAAGCAUCCAUAUUCAAAUGGAUAAGCAGGGAGCUGUGGGUUUUAGUGAGAAACGCUAGAGAACAUAAGGGUGUGGGGUGGAGGGAGGGCGGGGCGGAGUUGGCCUGGCCCUGUAGGGAAACUAGUUUGGUAUCAAACAGAGAUGCCUUCUGUUCAUGUUUUGUUUGGCCAACCCUGGGAGAUCUCCCAUCACGAUCCUAUUUUUAGCUCUCUCCAAGGGCCUGACUCAGGGCUUACCUGGUCAGCGCAGCAGAAGCUACAAGCUGGAGCAGAGCAGCAGGUGUCACCCUCAGACCGGAGAGGAGACCCACCAGGCCUGUUUUAUGCCCUGAUGCUACCUGCUGUGCCCCUAGACACAAGGGCUCAUGUCCUGCAUAAAAUAUUCACAGGCUCUAUUUGAAUCAAAGAAUGUUUUUUUUUAAGCCCACGGUUGUGGAUGUAAUGAAAACUGACAGCUGUCUCCCAAUACGGUUAAGCACAUGGUAGCAGGUAAAAGGACCGCAUUUCCCAGACUCCCUGCAGCUAGGUAUGGCCACUUUAUGACUGAGCUCUGGCUGAUUUCCUGGGUAGAAUCCUCUACGUUUCUAACUGGAGUGCGGGCGCGGUAUCCAGCCACCUUGGGCCACGAGGACAAGACCAACCCGGGGAUGGCAGAGCAACAAGGUAGCAAGAUCCCGGGUCUCUGGUCGGCUUCACACAGCACUUCCAUACCAGCCCACUUCUACACCAUUCCCUAAGAGAAAUAAACCUCUCUUAUUUAAGCCACCAUUA